GCAGCAGCCGGUGAUGGCCUGGACCUUCCUACCCCUAGGGGUACCCAGCGCAGGUGCAUGACCCGACUCAACCUCCGCCAGGUUCUCAGGGAGCCUCUGGGCAGGACGUGGUUGGUUGGCCCCAGGAGACCACGGAAGAGCGCGCUCCCCGCGCAGACUUCAGCAGCACCUGGCGGCCUUUGCCCUCCGCCUCACCCCAGCACGCCGCGGUCCUCAAGGAACCUUCCCAGCGGUUCCGCUCCGUCUCCACUCUGCCUCCAGGAGUAGAGGCCCUCUGAGACCGACGGGCGGGACGCCUGGGGCGGGUCACCCGAGGGGCCCCGCGGAUUCCCCUCUCCGCCCAGCUCCACCCCUCGACGGGAGGCGGCCGGGGAGAGGCGUCCGGGCUCCCCAGGGCGCACUCCGUCGGGGCCCUAGGGCAGGCUACCCGCGGGGUUGGCUGGGAGGAGUGGUAGGGAGCGGGCGCGGGAGGCGGGAAGGUCCGAAGGCCGCGGUCCGGGGCUGCACUGGGCGUGGGUCGGCCGCGAUCCAGCCCAGGCGGAGCCGGCAGCUGCGAGCGGCAGCCUAGAGGCCGAGGCGCUCACAGCUCUGGUCUGGAGGCUCCGGAGAGCUCGGGGGUUCCCGAUGCUGCUGCUGCUGCUGCUCCUCUGGCCGGUGCCGGGCACCGGGGUGCUUCCAGGACCUACCCCUGGGAAGCCAGUCACCGCCCGCUGGGUCCUGGAUGGACGACCCUGGCACAGCGCCAGCCUGGAGGAGCCGGUCUGGAGGCCAGAUGUGGGACUGGUGACCCUGGAGGCUGAAGGCCAGGAGCUCCUGCUUGAGCUGGAGAAGAACAACAGGCUGCUGGCCCCAGGAUACACAGAAACUCACUACCGCCCAGAUGGGCAGCCAGUGGUACUGGCCCCCAACCACACGGAUCAUUGCCACUACCAAGGGCGAGUGAGGGGCUUCCCCAACUCCUGGGUAGUCCUCUGCACAUGCUCUGGGAUGAGAGGCCUGAUCACCCUCAGCAGCAAUGCCAGCUAUUACUUGCAUCCCUGGCCGCCUCAGAGCUCCAAGGACUUCUCAACCCACAGGAUCUUCUGGAUGGAGCAGCUACUGACCUGGAAAGGAGCCUGUGGCCACAGGGAUCCCACGGACAAAGCGGGCAUGGCCAGCCUUCCUGGUGCUCCCCAGAGCAGGGACAGGCGAGAAGCACGCAAGACCCCGAGAUACCUGGAACUGUACAUAGUGGCAGACCACACCCUGUUCGUGACCCAGCACCGGAACUUGAACCACACCAAACAGCGUCUCCUAGAAGUCGCCAACUACGUGGACCAGGUUGGGGGCGGCAGGGAGAGAGCAGUGAUGGGGAUGGCGGCGGCAGGACCGGCAGCCCGCCCUAUCCCGCCCCGCCCUCAGCUUCUCAGGACUCUGGACAUUCAGGUGGUGCUGACUGGCCUGGAAGUGUGGACCGAGCGGGACCGCAGCCGCGUCACGCAGGACGCCAACGCCACGCUCUGGGCUUUUCUGCAGUGGCGCCGGGGCCUGUGGGCGCAGCGGCCCCACGACUCCGCACAGCUGCUCACGGGCCGCGCCUUCCAGGGCUCCACAGUGGGCCUGGCACCCGUCGAGGGCAUGUGCCGCGCAGAGAGCUCGGGAGGCGUGAGCAUGGACCACUCGGAGCUCCCCAUAGGCACCGCAGCCACCAUGGCCCAUGAGAUCGGCCACAGUCUGGGCCUUAGCCACGACACCGACGGCUGCUGCGUGGAGGCCUCGGCCGAGCCCGGAGGCUGCGUCAUGGCCGCGGCCACCGGGCACCCGUUCCCACGCGUGUUCAGCGCCUGCAGCCGCCGCCAGCUGCGCGCCUUCUUCCGCAAGGGGGGUGGCGCGUGCCUCUCCAAUGCCCCGGACUCCGGGAUCCCGGUGCCACCAGCGCGCUGCGGGAACGGUUUCGUGGAGGCGGGCGAGGAGUGUGACUGCGGCUCUGGCCAGGAAUGCCGCGACCUCUGCUGCUUCGCUCACAACUGCUCGCUGCGUGCGGGGGCCCAGUGUGCCCACGGGGACUGCUGCACGCACUGCCUGCUGAAGCCGGCUGGAGCACUGUGCCGCCAGGCCAUGGGCGACUGUGACCUCCCUGAGUUCUGCACGGGUACCUCCCCCUACUGUCCCCCAGACAUUUACCUACUGGACGGCUCGCCCUGCGCCAGGGGCAGCGGCUACUGCUGGGAUGGCACAUGUCCCACACUGGAGCAGCAGUGCCAGCGGCUCUGGGGGCCUGGCUCCCAUCCAGCCCCCGAGGCCUGUUUCCAGGUUGUGAACUCUGUGGGAGAUACCCAUGGGAACUGCGGCCAGGACAGCGAGGGCCACUUCCUGCCCUGUGCUGAGAGGGAUGCCCUGUGUGGGAAGCUGCAGUGCCAGGGCGGAAAGCCCAGCCCACUCGCACCACACAUGGUGCCAGUGAACUCCACCGUUCACCUAGAUGGCCACGAAGUAACCUGUCGGGGAGCCUUGGCACUCCCUGGUGCCAGGUUGGACCUGCUUGGCCUGGGCCUGGUAGAGUCAGGCACCCAGUGUGGACCUAGAAUGGUGUGCCAGAGCGGGCGCUGCGAGAACACUGCCUUCCAGGAGCUGCAGCGUUGCCUGACUGCCUGUCACAGACAUGGGGUUUGCAAUAGCAACCAUAACUGCCACUGUGCUCCAGGCUGGGCUCCACCCUUCUGUGACAAGCCAGGCUUCGGUGGCAGCAUGGAUAGUGGCCCUGUGCAGCCUGAAAGCCGUGACACCUUCCUGUUGGCCAUGCUCCUCAGCGCCCUGCUGCCUCUGCUCCCAGGGGCCGGCCUGGCCUGGUGUUACUACCGGCUCCCAAGAGCCCAUCUGCAGCGAUGCAGCCGGUGCUGCAGGAGAGACUCUGCGUGCAGUGGGUGCAGAGAGCAGCCCCAGAGGCCUUGGAAAGAAGCAGCUUUGAACAGGAAGUUCCAGUGGCCUCCCAGUCAAGGCAGGGGGUGGAUCCCAGCCCCCCACCAGCACCGCCAGGCUUGGCCCCCUACCUCCCAUUACAGCCUUUUUCGUCCUCUGUCCUGCUUCUCCCACCAGGUGGCUGCCUCACCCUUGACUUCGCCCUGAUUUCCCCGCUCAGACUGCAGCCCCUGCACCAUGCUGCCCCUAGAGGCCUCUCCAGCCUCUGUCUCAGGAGUUUUCAGCCCUUUGCCACUUCCUCUGUCCAAAUCACCUCUGUCACCCGCUUCAAGUUCCCAAAUGCUGAGCCCAGCAGAUCUUUUCACUCCAUACCACUGGCCAGCUAUGGCACUGGCUGUCUCCUAUGCCAGGGCCCUGCCCUAACCCAGUUCUCUGUGACCUGCGGGGGGAGAGUCACAUAAUACUAAGCACGGCUGUCCAGGCACUCUGUGGCCAUGUCUGUCAUAGCCAGGUCUUGGGAGGGCUCUGGGUAAGCCUAGGGAGAUGGCAGUGUUUGGGCUGGAGAUGGGGCAGAGGGCAUAACAGACAGGGGCAGAGUGCCACCUGGGCCCCGGGUGGCAGCUAAGAGGAUCCUGACACAGUGAGUAGUGAUUGAGGGUCUGUGGGCAGAGGAGGAGGUAGCCAGAGCCUGGCAUGUCAGCAUGAAGGGGACUCUGCAGAGGGCAGAGGCUGCUUCUCAUCCCCAGGCAGGAGUUUUAGGGUAGGAGAGAAUGCUUUGAAUGAACAUCACAGGAAUUGGCAAGGCCCUGGGAGAUGGGAUGGGGACAGUCAAAGAUGGCUUGUAAUCAUCAAGGGCAGUAGGGUACCCAGUGGCAAGGUGAGCAGACACAGCUGUUGCAGCAGGGGACGUCCAGGUUUCUUUGGAAGCUGAGUGAUGCCAGCAUCUGGAAAGUGCCAGGCUGCUAGGUGGUGCCAGAGCCUGGAGGAAAUGUUAGGACUGGAGAGAGGAGGUGCCAGCCGUCCUGCGAGGCAUGAGGCUCAAAUGGAGCCUGGGUCCCAGGGAUCCCCUGAAGAGGGAGCUGGAAGGGAGCUGAGAGGGUGACUUGGAGCAGAUGGGUGCCCCAAGAAACUCAGUAAAUGCAGAACUCCCCAGGCUGGACACCAUGCUUCGGGGAGGCAGUAACCUACUCAGGCAAUGUGCCAACCUCCUGGACUCUUACCCACUGCUCAGGCCCAAGGAUGGCCCACACAGGGACCACCCCCUGUGCAGCAUUCACCCCAUGGAGUUGGGCCCCA